AUGGCAAGUGAGGCUGCUCUGGGAGAGGAUGAAUAUGGUCCUGAACUGGAUUUCUCAUCUGAGACUGUUAUUACCCGAAGAGACCCAUUGGGUGAGUUAAUGCACACAUUCAGCAACUUGUACAUUGAUGAAGAAGAAGAGGAGGAAAAGGAAAAUAGCUUAGAUGAUGUGCAGGAAAGGUUUCUACCUCCACCCCCACUUGAAUGGGAAACAUCUCAAAAUCAAACUUAUAAUGUACAGAACAUUCCCUCAGUGUAUCCAGAAAGUCACACAUCCUUGCAGUACAAUCUCCCGGUUAAACUUGAGUUCCCUAGCUUCUGUGACACUCAGGAAGAGGAUCCUGUAAACUUCAUUGAGCCAUGUGAAGAGUACUUUGCAGUUCGUCCUCUCAGUGAUGCGGAAAUUAUGGCUGCUUUGACUGCUGUACUCAAAGGUACCGCUAAAGACUGGUGGCUGGCAGAACGGCAAAACAUGAGGAGUUGGAAGCAGUUUCGAGAAGUCUUCUUGCAGUCCUUCUUAAGUGAAGACUACGAAGACAAGUCCCCUGUACCCUCAGAGGAUGAAAGUGCACUGAAAAGACAGAGAAGCCUGAAGACUGCAAGUUUUAUUGAUUCUGCGAGUGUGAUAUCUGGCGACGAGAGAGGCAUGGAGCUAGAAGCUCAGACUGAGAGCAUGAGACACAGGGGAGAAGGACUGGACAAUGAAGUUGCCCAGGAAAUCCUCUACCUAGAUGAGGUCAUUGAGGCCAACUGUUGUGACACUGGGGCCGAAAUGACUUCAAAUGGGAUGUGUUCCCCUGAGAUUAAGCCAAUUAGGGUUGAUGGAACUGGGCCAUCUGUUAAUACUUGUGACACAUCCCCUUUACACAAUCAUGAAGUUUUUAUAGAAGGGAAAAAGAAGACCACUUUUGUUGAUGAAAAUUUCAACAUCAAACCCAAUGGUCAUGCACUAAUGAUGGACAAUGACUGUACAAGUUCAGCAGAGUCACCAAUGGCUGCAAUCAAGAAAAAGGCACAUUUUGAGCUCAGACCAUUUCAUGAGGAGAAGAAACCAUCAAAACUAUUUGACACUCCAAAAGAGAAAGAAGUUUGGGUGAAGAAGGUCAGACCUUCGGAGGAGAUUGCAGAACUAGAAAUGGAAAGGCUUGAGCUCAUCCGGGGCCAGGUAGUUAAGAAAAAUCCUGGAAUUGCUGAAAAAUGGUGGAAUCCACAUCAAGAAAAGACACUGGAAGAGGAGUUGGACCCAGAGCAACUGAAGUCGCUCAGAAGAUAUGAGGAGAGGAAGCAGAGGAGACCAGAAAUCAACCAUGUGCCACAAGCUGCACCAAGACAACCAACUUCCUUUAUCCUACCUGAAUUAGGAAAUAAGGAGGACGUUGUCACAGAAGAGAUCGACUUUUCUGUAGCACACAAGCAGUUUUGGCAGAUGGAGCAUAGCAAACAGUAUACAGCCCCAAAGAGGAAUGCUGCACCACAGACUUACUCUUCCAAACCUUUCUUCAGGCCUCAAGAGGUCAUGCAUGUAGAGAGGCCAUGCGGUUCUGUCACAGUUGCGAGUCAAGAAAGUGUCACAUCAUAUGAUGCCAGUGAAGUUACCGCAGUUAAAGUUGAGAAGAUUUAUUGCUGCUCUGGAGAAUCCAUCAUACCAACCAAAGAUGAUUUGGCUCGGAAUAAGUUGAAUGAUGAUUUUACUUGUGCCAGGGCAAUGAUGACCAUUGUUAAGGAUGAGGAUUCUGAUUUGUGUCAACCUUCUUUGAACAGCUCCUACCAUAUGGAAGAAAUUGACUCUGGGUUGGAUGACCUGUCCCUACAGUCUCAGGACACCUCUGUACUUGAGACAUUAUCCAAUGACUUCAGCAUGGACAAUAUUAGUGACAGUGGUGCAUCAAAUGAGACCAUGAGUGCCUACUGGGAACACUCUCUUGGGGAGUUCUCCUUCCCCUCAACUCCAGUGGUCACAACACUGAUCAACAGUAAACAUGAAAGUGGUAUCAUAUCUCCAAGUGAGCGGAGUGGGUCUUAUCAGGGUGAUGGCUUGAUUGAGGAAGAGCUGGAAUACCAUGCUGGUAUUCUCGUCCAAAAUUCUAUUCAGCAAGCCAUUGCACAAAAGAACGACAAAUGGGAGCCACUUCAGUCUACCCAACAGUCAUCUCCAAUCCCAGAAGGACUUGCUGAAUUUGUCCCACUUCAACCUCAACUCCUCGAAGAGAAAUCUACCUUCAUGUCACCUCUUAAAAUGCCAUCACCACUGGAAGAGAAGAAAACCAUCACUCCUCAAAUUAUUGUAGUUCAGGCCACCCCAGUUAUACCUAUAAACACUUACAAGCCUCCUAGCCCCUCUCCACCACCAAGUGAGAAGCCUGAGUUCAGUUAUUUCAGUAAGUACUCUGAGGCAGCAGAGCUCAGGAGCACAGCAUCUGUUACUCGUGCUCAGGAAUUGGAAGUCACCUCAGGGCCAUUCAAGCUGCGAUCACGCAAACAAAGAACCCUGUCCAUGAUCGAAGAGGAGAUCCGGGUGGCCCAGGAGCGUGAGGAAGAGCUGAAGAGACAACGGCAGGCACAAGCCUUGUACCCGCCCCGUACACAAAAGCAGAAGACCAGCAACCAGCCAAGCAAGUUGGUCCUUACUGGGAAGACAGCCCCAGGUAAGAUUGAGAAGGUUCGUCCGGUUCCUCCAGCAUCACAAUGUUCUUUGGAUGGAGCUCUUCCUUCUCCGCUGUCUGACCUGGGCAGUGAUGACUCUGGAGGACAGCGACCCAAGAACUUCAUGCAGACUCUGAUGGAGGACUUCGAGACACAUAAAGUCAAGUGUCGAGAGAAAGUAGACGACAACAGUUACGCCUGCUUAGUUACAGCUGAGGUUCUGGAAGCAACACGUGUCACUCGCAGAAAAUGUAAUAUGGCCCUGCGAUGGGAAGCGGGAAUCUAUGCCAACCAGGAAGAUGCUGAAGAGGAGGAAGAUGAGGAGGAGGAGGAAGAAGAGUAA